AUGUCAAAGACGCACAGUCCAACACAUUUUAAAAUUAACACGCGGAUGCGAGUUCCCAAGAGUAUUCGUGUAAACGGAGAUUAUCCAAACGAAGAUAUCGCUAUCACAAAUAGAGCUACGUGGAAUCAAAUACCUGGUAUGGAUAAACUUGAAAUGCAUGUACCAGAGAGGAUUCUUGUUGUUGGACAAGAGCAACAUGUUGGUACUAAGGCACCACCACCAGAAAUUGUUUUAGAAAAUGCUGUAAUGCGCACUGAGCCAGCUAUAGUUAGAGUACAGACACCUCCGAGAAUUUUGACUCUGGACAAUCACUACUUCCCAGCAGUGGAUGAAGAUGAUCCUCCUAUAAAUCACAAUGAAGUUGCAAAACCAGUAGAUGUACCUAAAACAUAUAAUGCAGAAACACAGAUAACAAGACAUGUCAGAGAACAAACACCUUUUAAUGCUCUCGACGUGUCUCUGCCGCCCACUGAGGAAGUUCAGCACUUACGUCGUCAAGUAGGUAAAUUAAAUCGCAGAGUGAUGGCACUCGAAUUAGACAUGUUACAUCGCCAACAAAGAGACAAGCUCCUGUAUAUCGCGACCGUAGCAUAUUUCAUUUUAAAAGCUUUUUCCUGGCUAACCAGAAAUUGAAGCAAAUUGAAAAGAAGAAAGGAAUAAAAAAGAAAAAUGCCAGAGAUAUUUAUUUCCUUAAAACAAAAAAUGAUAAACCAGCAUUGAGUCAUUCUUGCUGUAAGAAAGUAUAACCAAAGACUUUUUGUCACAGUCUCGUGAUCGGUCAUCGGAAAUAGACGACGAUAUAGCAUACGCGUGUGAGUGUUUCUAUAUCAUAUAAUUAAGAAGACAGAUCAAAAGUAUAAUGAUCGGAUUGUCUUAUCGUAAUUAAAAGUAAAUCUCGCUUAUAUAACUUUAAAGAAUAUGUGUGUACUCUGUUAGAUUUGACAAUAUGUUAUUGUUAAUGUAUAUAAAACAUUCGGGGAAUUAAUAAAGUGGGUCAAUUUUCAUAUAAUGAAUAUACCAGAUAAUAGUCAUCGCAUGUACACUAAAUUGAUCAAAUGAAUAUCUCAUUUUUAUUUUUCAGUAUUAUGAAGUCCUAGAAAUGAUUUUUUUUUUUCGAUAUAUCAUGAAAAUGAUAUUCGUUGUUACAUUAAUUAAUCAAGUAGUACGAUUUAUUCCUAAAUAGUUAUUUUCUGUGGCCAUAGCAGUUAGAAUUGUAAUCUUCUAUUGUGACUAAUGAGAUUAAUAAAGUUAUUAUUACCAAAAUUUUAUAACGUUACAAAUGUACAUUGUAUAAAAUUAUGUAAUUAGGAGUAAUCUAUACUUAUGAGACACUGUGAGUCAGCAUGAAAACCUUCCUUGUGAAUUAUAUUUAACUUUAUUUUUGUACUUCAUAUAUCUUUUGUCAUUUAGAUUACUUACAGAUAGUUGCUUUCAAAAUUGUAAUAAAAGUGUGUGUUAAUAUA